UGCAACUCGUACCGCAAGAGUAACGCAAAAGGACAUACGAAGUACAGUACUUCGAGCUUGUAACACGACAUCUGUUACAUCCAUCACAAGGACGUYAAAUUUGCAACAGAAUAUUCGCUGUUCUAGGAAACCGAGCUAAAAUUCACAAUGCUUCGAGUUCUAGCAAUCGCCCUUCUCCUGUUGGGUUCGAUACCUGCCUCUUGGAAGGCCACCGCGGACGACCUGCCCGAUGCGGCAGGCUCGGUCAUUGACGAGAAGCCGGAACCCGUCGACUGCCAAUCUCUGCACUACGAUUGCCACGGUUGCCUCGCCAACGGAUGCUAUUGGUGCCCUACCGACGCCCUGUGUUUCGAAACGCCCAAGUACGUAUCGAAACAAACCAACAAGGAUAUUCUCUAUCCCGACCGCAUUCACAACUGCAAAACGCCCGAAUCCUUCACGCAGACAACRUGCACGGCCCCGGGAAAUUUCUUCAGCGAUCCCGUCUACUCGGCCCAAAAAUGGAUCUUUGACAACAUUAAGGUCGAACCAGUCUGGGCAAAGGGUUAUACAGGAAGCGGCGUAAGGGUUCGAGUCAACGAUGCCGGAAUCCAACCCGAUCAYCCCGAGUUUUUGGGUCGCAUAGACCUGAAUGCUUCGUGUCCAGUUUACGAGCYGGACGCGAGUAAAAAUAGUCACGGAAUGAUUGUAGCCUCUCUGGUCGGGGCGACUGCUAACAACGGUAGGUCUUUGACACUYGUUUUGGUAAUCGGGUUGGGCCUUGUSUUUGGGUCWAAGAUUGGUCAGAUUUGUCUUGCUGUUGCAUCGUGAYGCAAUCGACUGCCAUAGUAACACCACUCGUAACACGACGCGAAAAGCUCGGCGUAAAUCGUCUUCUCACUUUUGCGAUGGCUGCCUCGCCGGUCCUUUUCGAUUCUUGGGUCACUAUCAUCGCUCUCCAUCGAUCCGAAAGACAACUGCGGCGUCGGAAUCGCCCCCGGCGUCACRCUUUCCGCCUGUCACGUGGGUUCAAUGCCAAAAGAAGCACUGUUGCUCUACAAGGUGGACGAGAUUGACAUCUCGCAAAACUCGUGGGCCACCGAAGGAUGCGGGCCUGCCUCUAUUUCAGCGGCAUCUUGCAACCAUCCCGGAUGCGACCGCAAGCUCGAAGCAGAAGCAGAAGCAGAAGCAGAGACAAGCUUCUGUCCAUUUGCAUACAAACCCUUCGAAUCGUACAACCAAUUCCCUUGCGAUCACUGCAACUUUACUGUUGGUGUCCCCUAUUCCGAUCAGGGAGAAGAGUGCCGAACAAUGAUGAUCAAGCACUGCAGUUUUUAUCCCGUCCAAGAAAACAAAGCGUGCAUGGAAAUAAUAGAUCUGCUUUUAUUCGAUAAACAACCACUAUCGAUGGGGGAAUGUCACUUUGGGGYGUUGUCGGCAGACGCCAUAGCGGCCUUUACCUAUGGCAUCACUAAGGGACGAGAUGGCAAGGGCAUUGUUUACGUCUUUGCGGCUGGCAACGAAUUCGCCGUGGGAGAUGACACCAACUUUCAGGGUUACGGGUCGAACACGCGGUUCACGAUUCCAGUGGCAUCAGUCGGAAAGCCAGGAAACUUUUCUGCCUUUUCAACGCCUGGGGCGUCGGUUUUCAUUGCCGCGCCUGGGGGAGAUUCGAAGCAAUCCAUUACCCGCGUCGUCGGUGCMACAGUGGACGGGGGUUGCAAUGACAAUGGUGACGGAACUAGUUACGCUGCCCCCGUCGUGUCCGGUGUUGUAGCAUUGGUGCGUGAGCUUGCUUGUGCAAGCGUUUGUGCAAAUCCUUGUGCACGCGGUUUUGUUCGUUCGAAAGCUUGCAAACAAGCCUUAUGGUUCUUGUAACGCUUGCGCUAAGACAAUGUACCAGUGUGUGCUCACACCAUUCUUUUCUGCUCAAUCGUUUGUUUCGUGGCCCUGCAGAUGCUYGAGGCGAAUCCGGAUCUGACAUGGCGAGAUGUCCAAUACAUCCUUGCCCUUACGGCACAGGUGGUGAAUGACAGCACCGACCCAACCGUUGCAGAGAAUGGUGCUGGUAAGAUCCAUUCGAAUCGUUACGGCUUUGGUAUUGUCAAUGCAGAGAAAGCGGUGGAACUCAGUGAGGAAUGGACGAAUAUCGGACCRGAAUUAAUGUUGGUGAAGGAAGGCAAAGGCAACGUUCACCUCCCCGACGACGUCAACAACGCUACCAAARUUUCGCUCGAUUUCAGCCACGAAAGUAAAUUUAUCACCGAACAYGUCUAUUUGUACCUAAAUUUCAAUCACUCUUCUCGAGGRCAUUUGCGAAUUGAUCUAWCCUCCCCCUCGGGCAUGCUCUCGGUGAUGUCUCCUGGAAAACGUCCUGAGUCACAGCAGUGGGGAUGGAUGAAGUUCACAUCAGUUCGCCACUGGGGUGAAGAUCCAACCGGAAACUGGACCAUUCAAAUCGUUGAUACUAMUGCGGGAGACGUCARKAAUUGCAUUAGCUACAAAGAUUACCGAAUCGAAGUGGAUGAAUUUUCGUCUUUGAGUUGUGAUGGGAAGGACAGAAYCAGWCUWGAGCAAUAUUGCAAGAAUGGCAAAUUUGAUCCCAAUGAGGAAUGGGCUAAGGCUUGCAACAACACSGACAAAAAGACGGCGGACGCCAACCUCGUUUCAAGCUGCGACUUCGUGGAACGCUUCAAAACCGAGAAAAACGCUGGGCUGACGGGUCCCGAGGCCUGCUGCAUCUGCGGGGGCGGAUUUAGCCCCGACUUGUUGCCGGAGGAGCUUUUGGAAUGGAAGUUGGUCAUCUAUGGACAUGAAAAAUUUSCUGGGGAAGGUUUCUUCUCUGGAGUUGAAGGUGCAACAGAGCUUGGAAAAUGGAAAGACCGAGGAAGGGUUUACGUUGAGGAUCGCCUCAGAAUCCCCGAUGRUMUUGAUCCCCUGCCAGGCUACCAAAAGCCAAACUCGAAUGUGAGGCGCAGAGGAGUUUAAAGUGYGGGAUACUUCUCCUUGGGACUGCCGUCCGUGACGACAAUAUCCUUGUAGCAAGUAAGUAUUCAAUAGACUGCUUCAUCAAAUCGAUUGCGAAUCCCAUUCUUUCGUAACGUACUGUGGUAAACAACCCAGAGCACUACUGGGAAGCGAAAUCGAGUUGGUUCUGUCGACACARCUCGUGUUUUUGUUUUAAAAACACGUGUAUAGAUGAGUUCGUAUCUCAUURGUAAUGCCCCAUACCUCAUUAGUAAUGRCAUCUAGUUUAUGACUYUGAAAAUUGUCGAGAGCGAGUGAAGUUCCGAUGAUGUUUCUCUCAUUUCUCCGCGCCAGAGUAUUGUUUGUGCACAAUACUUCUAGGUGAUGAUUGUUGCCACUAGUACUAGCAGAGAAGCAUAUGAUUUGUGGCUUGGUGGCCAGCACUCCACACAAUAAAUACCWUUGCUAUCA